CUGCAAGCCGUCGAUGGCAAGGGCACCAUGACGAUUAUACGUCAAAAGACGUGCCAAAGCCUUGAGUAUUCUUUUUUCUAAAAAUACUAACAUGAAAGCCGUUAUUUCUUGCGCAAGCCUGAUCUUACUGAGCUUCCUGCUGGUUGAGUCUCAAUCCUUCCGCCCUUCCGCUGGCACAGGCGUUCGGCCAUUCUCUUUUCGUCCUCAUCAUUCCAAGUGUUCAUCCACGCAAUGUCUAGCCACAAUAUCUGUCCCGGCAUCGGAGAUCGAGCAAAAUUUAUCUCAAGACGAGCGCGUUGUGGUGUCCGUAGUGCGUGAGCGUGGACCCUCCGUGGCCUUUGUAACUUCAGUGUUGCCGGACCAAAGGCCAUCGCCACAGAUUAGAGGGCGCCGCCGAGACAACAAAACCGACGACUCUUUCAAUCUACCCCCUGGACGAGGGUUGGGAUCCGGGUCCGGCUUCGUGGUGGAUCAGCAAGGUUAUCUGGUGACGAACUAUCACGUGAUUGAACGUGCCUAUCAGCUCCAAAGAAUGAGUGAAAUCUACGAAAGCGGCCUGGACCGUCUGGCCCAGAACGUCACGAACAUUACCGGUUUGGCAUUCCGCACGGUCAAUACGACGCUGCAACAAAUAUUGAAUCCUACCACUUUACGCGCCCCUCUCCCUAAAGUCUACGUACGAAUCAACAGCAAGACAGACUACCAACUGUGUCAAAUUGUCGACGUCCACCCUGCGUUGGACGUGGCCGUCCUCAAAAUCGUGACGCCCAAAGAAACUUCACCCUGGCUAGCUCCCAUGUCGUUUGGUGCUUCUUCCGACUUGCUCGUCGGUCAGGGCUUGAUUGCUAUUGGCAAUCCCUUUGGUCUCGACAACACCGUCACGACCGGUGUCGUAUCGGCUUUGAACCGGGAAUUGCGCACACGAGGGAACGACGGUAUGGUAUCUCCACCGAUCCGCAACUGCAUUCAAACAGACUGCGCCAUUAACCCCGGUAAUUCGGGUGGGCCUUUGCUCAAUUUAAAGGGGGAAGUAGUCGGCGUGAAUACGGCAAUUGUGACCACCUCGGGUAGCAGUGCCGGUAUCGGGUUUGCCGUGCCUUCGGAUGAAGUGAAAGACGUCGUAGAACGUAUGAUACGGACUGAUCGGGUCAAGAAAGGGACCCAAUAUCAAGCUUGGUUGGGACUCGCGAUCGUCAAAGCAACGUCAAAUUGCACCUUGGGAAGCAAAAACUGGGUUGCGAAGGUCAUGCGCAAGUCACCUGCGGCGGAGGCCGGCGUCCAAGCAAUACGCGUUUUCGAGCAAGACGCCAGUGUGCAAUACGGAGACGCUGUUGAUCUGGAUACGCGUGUACCGGGCGAGAAAGUCGCGCUAACUUUGGAGGACUCGUCGGGCGAUCGUCGGGUCGUUUACAUUACUCUCGGAACAAGACCGUGACAUUGAUUUCUGUCGCUCUGUCGUACUUUGACGAAUGCGGAC